CAUACACAGACAGGAUGGUGAGAAACAGUAUGAUGAUGCAGGCGUCUGCUCUCUUGGUGAUUGCUUUGCUCUUUAUGUGCUGGAACUCUGCAGGAGCCACUGAUGGAGCAGAAGACUGCUGUUUGACGACUGUGAACAGAAAAAUCCCACAAAGUCUGGUGAAGUCCUACUACAUUCAGAAUCAGGAGCUGAACUGCAGAGUGCAGGCUGUAGUGUUUGUCACGAAGAAAGACAGGCGACUGUGUGCACCUCCUGCAACAAAGAACAACUGGGUUAAAAAGUUGAUCAAUAAACUGAACAAAAAAUCCAAAAAAUCAUCCAAAGGAAAGUCGCAGUAGAAGAUAAUCCCGGAUCAGAUAAUCCCGGAUCAGAUAUAUAUCACAGGUCCUGUUUCAAUCAGUCACCAACUCAUGUCGGAUUAGACUGAUCAGAGAAGCUGAGACCGCUGCCAGGAAUGAAUAAGCUUUUAUAAAUAUAUUGCUGUCAAUGUGUGAAACCAAACCUAUCACCUGCUGCAAAUGCAUUUUGUAAUAUCUCUGACGUUAUUGUCUUUAUUCUAUAAAUAUUUAUACCUUAUAUAUAUGUAUUUUUUUGUGAAUCAGUAAGCAGGUUCUAUUUUUUUGUGUCACAUAUAACAGAUGGCAUUGAUUUGUAUUCUGAAU